GGAUAGGUGGGUGGCAGAAAACUACAACCCCCAGCAUCCCCUCCCCAACACAGGGGGAUGCUGGGAGUUGUAGUUUCCACCUCCACUCUUCCCACUGGCUGUGCCAAGGAGGGAGGUGUCUGGGAAGGUGACGCAGGCGCGGAGGGAAGAGGGCAGGAAAAGGAGGAGAGGUGCUGCCUGUCUUCCUCUCCGUCCGCCCUGCUUCCCUUCCUUAGCCCUGAGCAGCAAGGAUGCAGCCCAGCUCCAAGAGCCUGACUCCGCAGGUGCAUUGGGCGCAGAGGCACCAGGAGCUCUACCUGCGAGUGGAGCUCAGCGAUGUCCAGAAUCCCGACAUCACCAUUACGGACAAUGUGCUCCAUUUCAAAGCCCACGGCCAUGGCGCCAAGGGGGACAACAUCUAUGAGUUUCAAAUUGAGUUCCUAGAACCAGUGAAACCACAGCCAGCCUACAAAGUGACGCACCGGCAGCUGAACAUCACCGUGAAGAAAGCGGAAAGCCACUGGUGGGAACGGCUGACCAAGCAGGAGAAGCGCCCGCUGUUUCUCGCUCCUGAUUUUGACCGAUGGUUGGAUGAAUCGGAUGCUGAGAUGGAGCUGAAGGCCAAGGAGGAAGAGAGAAUUAACAAAAUCAACAUCGAAAACAGGAUCCCCAAAGACCCUUUCCGACACUUGAAGCGAGGAUACCUGUUCAUGUACAACCUUGUGCAGUUCCUGGGCUUCUCCUGGAUCUUCGUCAACAUGACGGUUCGGCUCUUCAUGCUGGGAAAAGAUUCCUUCUUUGACACAUUUCACACAACUGCAGACGUGAUGUACUUCUGCCAGAUGCUGUCCCUCAUGGAGAUCGUAAACACCUUAAUCGGUCUCAUCCGAGCUCCUCUGGCGCCCGUCCUUUUCCAGGUCAGUGGAAGGAACUUUAUUUUGUUCCUUGUCCUUGGAAGCGUGGAAGAAAUGCAGAGCAAAGCCGUUGUGUUUUUUGUCUUCUACAUUUGGAGCAUGAUUGAGAUAUUCAGGUAUCCGUUCUACAUGCUGUCCUGUAUCGAUAUAGAAUGGAAGAUCCUGACCUGGAUUCGAUAUAGCAUCUGGAUACCACUCUACCCACUAGGGAUCUUAGCUGAAGCCGUGUCCGUGAUCCAAGCCAUUCCUGUCUUCAACAGCACAGGGAGAUUCAGCUUCUCCUUGCCCUACCCACUGAGCAUCACCAUCCCCUUUUCAGUCUUCCUUCAACUCUACCUUGUGUUGUUAUUCCUUGGGCCGUUUGUGAAUUUCCGUCACCUCUACAAACAACGGAAGAGGCACCUUGGAGCAAAGAAGAGGAAAAUGCACUAAGCCCAGCACUGGAAUAAUUUCAUGUUCUAAUCUACCUUGGAACCCGGUUUAGGGCUCUUUCAUUCCUAAUGAUUUUACUUGCCCUGUUAAUCUGAAAACUAAUUUUGUAUGGUUAUACCGACAUGUGUCUUCCCUAAUACACACAUACACACAAGAGUUUCCAGGUAAUGGUCAUCCUCUCCCUUUCUUCCCAAGCUAGAUCUGGUUUUUCUUUGAUCAAGAUGAAACUAAACAGCAGUGGAGACAAAAAAUUAAAACCUUGUUUCUUAUUAUACUGGGAAAUAAGCAAAGCUCUUAAUGAGUGCAAACCUUUGGGAGGAAAAUUGAAUGGCGUUUGUCUGGUUAUAGGAGCGUGUGUAAGUUUCCCAGGCGGAAAGAUACUGUAUUUUAAUUUUUUAUUUCAAUAUAAAGUUUUGAAAUAGCCCAAGGAGGAGACUUAAGCCUGAAUGCUUUCAUCAGCCCUAACUGGAGUAGACCCAUUGGAUCUAGGGAACCAACAUACUAAGAUACCAUUGAUUCAGUGGCUUUUCUAAAGCUGGGACUGAAAGUAAGUUUUAAGCCAAGGUGGGAAUCUAGCAGUCCUCUAAAUGUUUGUCAGACUUCAGCUCCCAGCAUUCAUCUUUGCUGGCUGGAGUCGCAGUCCAGCUCCAUCUGCAAGACUGCAUGAUUCGCACCCAAUUUAAAUCUUCCAGUGUUGGUUGCAGGCAAAAAUCCUUGUUCCUGUAAGUUGGGGUGAUCAACUUUAGAGGUUCUUGGGUCAUUUCCAUAGACCCCCCCCUUCUAACUUUAUUCCAACCCAUGAAACCUGAAUUUCUCCAAAACGAUCCUCCCUUGUUAAAACAAGAGCUGGCUGCACCUUGUUUUCCAGCAGAAAGAGAAGAUCCAGCUUCUUAUUGCAACUCCAGAGGCUACAAAAACACUUAGGAUGGAUAGAGUUGCAUGAUCCCAUCCCCAAGGAUAAGCAAUUGGCAGGCGAUUUGUUCAGUUCUGUCCUCCAUUCUUUAUCCCUGCAGUGAAAAAAAGCUAGUUUUUUUUUUCUGUCCUGUUUUUACGAAUAGUGUGUCCCAAUAAGAUUCUUGUAAACCCCUCCAUGCAUUUGCCCCAUUGGUUUUGGGAACUACUGUAUCUCUGCAGAAGACAGCAUUGGAGCAAAAGUCUCCCAUGAGGAGUGAGAUGGGGUUGGAUUGGAUGACCUUUGUGGUCCCUUCCAACUAUGAUUGUUAUCUCAUGAACUUGGACUUGACCUUUGUCAUUCCCCCGUCCACCCAAAAAUAUUCACUCCUCUGCUUCUUGCAUAAGAGGUCCUUUUGGGUCGGCUUCUAGGGCUUGUUGGGCUUCCAAAGGUUCUGGGAAUGCUCACGGUCUCUAUAUUGAUGGGAUAUCUGCUCUGGAUUGUAGUCUGAACUACAGUCUAAAGAAACUAUUGAAGGUGCUGAACUCAGUCCACAAAAUAGCCACAGCACCAUAGGUGGCUCCAUUUACAUUGAGACUAAAAUCCAAAGCAGAUUUCCCCACCCCAACAUUGUUCCUGGGAAUGGGAGAAAAAUAACCUAUUUGCUUUAUCAUUCAUUACAAGCUGGUUUGGAGUGAUAUUUCAUUUUUCCAUUUACUCCAGGUGGGUAAAAACAGUAUGUUUGGGUUGCUAUACUUGGAGAGAACACUUUUAAUAGUAGCAAAACAGCUCAUAGCCUUUAUGUUGCUAUUCUCUCUGUCAAAACACUGUCUAGGGUGCGGGCACUUUUGUCGUGAAUCUGGAUUUGCUGGUCUUUUCAAAGGCAAACAGAAUGUGGAUUUCUAAUAUAAAGGUUUUAAAACGUCUCUUCAAA